AUGUACGAAGGGAUUGACAACCUGAAAUCCCUUUACGACCGUGCCGGGAAGACUUUCUCCAGCGGUCCUUCUGCGGCACAGGAUGUGCCGAGUCGUACUGCCCAACCAGACACAGUACGUCAAUCAUCAGUUGGAAGCGGGGCUCCCAAGUAUCCCAGGACGGGGGAUAGCCGCGCCACCGGACGAGAUAACUCGUCCGACGUCCGUUCACGUCGCGGUGGUUCAACAGCUGCUCAACUAGAUAGCGCUGGCCACCGCGAGAGUCCUCUAGUGGAGGUGGAGGAGGAGGAAAGACGCUCUCCACACGAUCGUGGGGAUCCGUGUGUUCCCGAGAGCUUCUUUGAUCGCGUAACGCAAGGUUUACGCAACGAUCUCGAACAUGAGCGGGACAGGCGUCUCCAAAUGGCGGACACUGUCUUGAAGCAUCGAGCUGAGUUUGCCUUUGCUUAG